UCCUGCGAUUCGCUGCUGCUCAAGCCCGCUGUUGGCUGUGUCGCACUGCGCCUGAUUCAGGUUCACAACAAAUCCUGCCUCUGGAGGCCUGGGCUGAAUCGGCGCCUGCGUACGUCGCCUCGGCGGUCAAACAGAUCAUACGACCAAUAUUAUGAGUUUGCAAUGGAUGCGCAAAUUUGGCACCACGGCCAUGGACAUGGCCCAGGGUCGACGGGGCCAGGCCCCCGAACCCAACGCUCGCACUGAGCGGGGGCAAGCUUCGGCGGGACCCGCCUAUCCCACCUUUGGCUAUGAUGGUGGCAAUCAGAACGCUCCGCCACCAUACUCUGCACAUGCCCCGCCACCAGCACACGCUUCUGCUGCCAGCCCCACGCCUUCAGCGCCACCCCAAGACUCCCACGGCUAUGCCCAGUACGGGGGCCCGCCGGCCCCCGCUAGUUAUAGCCAGCCGCAGCACAGUGCUGCCUUUCCCCAACCACCCAUUCAGCAGCAGCCCCAGGCUCAGUCAGGCAAGCCCAGUCAAGCUCCGGCCCACCAAGCAUAUCCCAUGAACGGAGGCAACCAGGCCCCGCCUCCACAGCAGGCCUACCCAUCCCGGCCUCAUCACCACAGCGAUCGUGACUACGUACACAGCGGC